UCUCGAAAAGCCAUGACAGGCAGACAUUCGCAGGUCUGACACAGUCAUAGAGUGUUACGGAUUGAAAAAAAAAAGGUGGCAUUUUCUUCUCAGAGAAACUUUAAUCAUGCCAUACAGCGAAGAUACGAUUAAGAAAAUGCUUCCUAAGAUAUAUCUUCGGAAGUGUGUGGCUCAUGAAAUAAACGUGGCAUUAACUUACUUCAGAAACCUUGUGCCCGUAAUGGAUAAAUAUGUUUACAAUGAUGGAACUACAAAGAACUUGAUGAGCUUAACCGGAACCAUUCCUGCCACGAUUAACAGUAAUGUGUACAACAUCCCAGUGUGUUUGUGGCUCCUGGACACAUAUCCCUACAACCCACCUAUAUGUUUUGUCAAACCUACCAGCGCUAUGAUGAUCAAAACUGGCAAGCACAUAGAUGCUAAUGGAAAGAUUUACCUGCCGUAUCUACAUGAAUGGAAACAUCCUCAAUCAGACCUGUAUGGUCUGAUUCAGGUGAUGAUUGUGGUGUUCGGGGAGGAGCCCCCUGUGUUUUCUCGUCCAACCACACAAGCUCCUUACCAAGCCUUUCAAGCAGCUGGACCCCCAAAUUCUUCCUACAUGCCUGGCAUGCCUGCAGUGUCACCGUAUGGCCCAAACCCUAACUCUGGAGGCUACCCAAGUUAUCAGUACCCAGGGGGGAACUCUUACCCAGCCACUGCUGGACCUGCACACUACCCCACCCAGACUCCAGUUUCCACAGUGGGCCCAAACAGAGAUGGCACCAUUGGCGAGGACACCAUCCGGGCAUCUCUAAUUUCUGCAGUGAGUGACAAGCUUCGCUGGAGAAUGAAGGAGGAGAUGGACAGAGCUCAGGCAGAGUUGGAUGCACUGAAGCGAACAGAAGAGGACCUGAAGAAAGGACAUCAGAAACUGGAAGAGAUGAUCUCAAGACUGGACCAGGAAGUGACUGAAGUUGACAGGAACAUCGAUCUGCUGAAGAGAAAAGACGAGGAGCUGAGCGAGGCCUUGGAGAAAAUGGAAAACCAGUCGGAGAAUAAUGACAUUGAUGACGUCAUUGUGCCCACAGCGCCAUUGUACAAACAGAUCCUGAACCUGUACGCUGAAGAGAAUGCAAUUGAAGACACAAUCUUCUACCUGGGCGAAGCCCUCCGCAGGGGUGUCAUAGACCUGGAAGUUUUUCUCAAGCAUGUACGUCUUCUGUCCAGGAAGCAGUUCCAGCUUCGUGCUCUUAUGCAAAAAGCCCGCAAGACUGCUGGGCUUAGUGACCUCUACUGACCCACGCUUACUACCUAGAAACAUUCAUAUCUUCAUGCUCUCUUCUAUCAUCUUGUAUAUCAACCAGCUGCUCUAUUUUAUAGUCUUAUAUUAAAUUUAUUCUGAUAGAAAUUUGAACAGCACCAACAAAGAAGAACUACAUAUUUGAAUGGUAAAUUGCAGCCAUAGUUGUAGCUAGACAGUUUAGAUUUUCAACUAACCAAACACUCCUUUGAGGUCAUUGUGUAAGGACAUGACCUAAACAUGAGAGGGUUAUUUUUGUGACCAAAUAUUAAAAGCAAAAAAACACUGUCAUGACAUUAAAUUUGGCCUAAAACUAAAGCUUACAGGUUAACACAUGAUUUGGCUAGUAGGUACAGAUGGUAGGGGCUAAAAGUGAAGAGCUUUGUAGAGAGCCCAUAUGAUCACUCCCUUUUGUAAUGAAAAGACAUGUCUGUAAAUACACAGGAGUACUUUUCAGGAAGGGAAGGGUUCAUCCUCAGGAUUUCUGUUCAUGUUUCAGUAGCCAUGAAGUUAUAUCCAUUAACCUGAACCGAUUUGUUUGGGGUCAGACAUUCAGCUUUAAUUUGAGCUCUUAUUCCACUUGCACACACUACUAUUACUACAUGGUUUUCCAUUUGUAUGUCUCCUUAUGGAGGAUGUGUGUGUGUGAGAGAGGUUCUUUCAGUGUGUGGCGGCUGCUUGUUAUACCCUUUGACUGCUUUAACCAGUCAAUCAUGUACAU